CUUAGAGCGGGUAAUGAUUGGAGUCCACGGUUUGCUAUUUAUGGUGACCUGGGUAAUAUAUUAGCGGCUACCCUACCACGAUUACAGGAUGAGGUUCAACAGGGGCUAUACGAUGCUAUACUACAUGUGGGUGAUAUCGCGUACGAUUUGCAUCUAGAUAAUGCCAGAGUUGGCGACGAGUUUAUGAGACAGAUAGAGCCAAUCGCGGCGUACGUACCCUAUCAAGUGUGUCCGGGUAAUCACGAGGAGGCCUACAAUUUCUCCAAUUAUGACAACCGCUUCUCAAUGAUCUCUACCGGUGACUCGCAGAUCAAUAACCACUUCUGGAGCACAAACAUAGGCCCGGCUCACAUCGUAUCCAUUUCCACGGAGUUCUACUACUACCCCAAAUACGGCACCCAUCAGAUCGAGAACCAGUACCGUUGGCUGGAAAGGGAUCUCAGCGAAGCCAAUAAGCCUGAGAACAGGGCUCAGCGGCCCUGGCUUAUAGUGAUGGGUCACCGGCCCCUGUACGCCCAGAAUCAUAUAGACAACCUUUUAAGAUAUGGCUAUAGUUUUGCGAAGGGCUCUAAACCCGAGUUUGGUUACGAGGAACUCCUACACAAGUAUGGGGUGGACCUCACAUUCUGGGCCCACGAACACAAUUACGAGCGCCUGUGGCCUAUAUAUAAUGAUACCGUAUGCAACGGCACCGUCGACCAGCCCUACAAUAACCCUAAGGCACCGGUACAUAUCAUCACCGGUAGUGCUGGCUCACGGGAAAGGCAUACAUCGUUCAUAGCCACUCCACACUACAGUGCGUUUCAAAAUGAGGAGUUUGGCUACACCCGUAUGACUAUACAUAAUUUCACGCACAUUUACCUUGAACAGUUAUCCGUGGAAAGGAAUGGCGGGCAAGUGAUCGAUAAGUUUUAUUUGAUCAAGGAGAAACAUGUUUCACUACCAGUGCUGGUAUUGAGUGCAUCACAAAAUCCAUUGUGUGAUCCAAAGCUUACCAUCGAUUCUGCAUUUGUUGACAAAUACUCGGAUUCUGGUGAAGAUAUCAUCACUUUAUUUGCCAAACAAACGGUCCAUCAAUUGACAGUCAGUUCCCAUGAAAACAGUGAUACGUUUCGAUACAAUAGUUCGCAACCAUUGACCGAAUGGUCAAACGGUGAUCCCAUUGAGGGUCCCAUUAAUUCGGCCAAUCAUUAUAGCAUUGGAAAUACACUUAUAUUAGAGAAUGACAUAAGAAAAAUGCGGUGGGAUUUGAAGGUUCACAGUAAGACUGUUCGCAGGAAUAAAACAUUUUCCAACACCCCAUUUAAAGUGUACGUACUUAUGACUGUCCCCAUCGACUCGACACAUAUGAACGUCUAUGUACUCACAACCAAAGACCACCAGUCCUUUGAAAUGGCAACCACUCAAUACCGCACAAACGGGUGGCCCGUUAGGAGAUUUUUUGUGGUCCGUAUAAAUGACACAAAUAGCGAGACGUUAGACCACUUGAGACACACGACCGCCGGCUUUGUAUACAAGGAUUACAUGUAUUUGAUGUCCGGUUAUAGGAUUUGUGUGACGAAAGUGCCGACCGAUAUCUGGAGCGCUGACUGUAAGCCACAUACGAUCACCAAAUGGCUGGACAUUGUUUGCGAAGACAUUACUGUAUUAGUAAUAGUAUUAGUGAUAAUAACAGCGGUUCUGUCGUUAGUGGCAGUGAUUCUUGUGGUGGCGGUUGUGGUGACGGCUUAUAGACGUAGAAAGCGUGAGAAAUAUAUGGCAGACAUAUCGAUGACUGAAGUAACGUCACUGAACGGACCUAUUGGAGUGGACAUUGCGGACAGGGAGGCAUAUAUUUUAGAGUACAGGGAGACUGUCCACCACAUGGAUACCGGGUAUCACAACCACUUGAGUCAGUGUUUUAGGCGACGGAUGGAGGGAAUCGAGGCUUUCAAUCAAGAGGUUGAGCAUCGACAAACGACCGCUGGUUUCCUAUACUCGCAGUACUUCUACUUAAUGGCCGGCAAUAGGAUCUGUUGGAUCAAUAAGACCACAGAAGUCUGGAGCGAUGAUUGUCUGCCACAGACUAUCGCCAAAUGGUUGGACAUUGAUUGCGGAUAUAAUGAAGACACGGAUGAGACGCAUAAAGUGGAAAAAGAGUCAAAACCACUGGUUAUUGCCGUUAUUUUAGGACUUCUCGUGGUUUGUAUGAUAAUAGCGGUCAUUAUCGGUGUCUUAAUAUAA